ACAAAAGGCCUACUGCACCAGGACAGCAACAAGCACCAGCAGCAAACAUGAAUCCACAGCCUGGUAUGAGGCCACAAUUCUCCUCUCCUCAGCUCAACAAACCACAAACAGUCAGUACUAUGGGAGCACAAGGCAAUAUGCAACAGGUGCCUCUGACACAGGUGUCACAGACACCAAUGACACCACAGCCGCCUGUCUUCUACAACAGAUCAGGGCUUACACAACAAGAGCUUCUUGCCCAACAUCUGCGUGCUCAACAACAACAACAACAACAACAACAACAACAUCAACUGCCAACUCAAUCUCUUAUGCCACAGCAAGGUCUCAGUGUUGCAUCACAGAAUCAAGGGGCACAUCACCAGAUGACACAAUCACAGGCCCAUAUACCCCCCAACCAGGUAGCAUCUCCCAUGGCACAACAGCAAGGUGGACAUCCAGUACCACAACAAGUGAAGCUUGCUGGUCCAGUGAGAAUGCCACAUGUCCCCUCUCCAGCCCCUGGACCAACUAGCAUGGCAUCUAGUUCAAUGCGAGCACCUACUCCAUCAUCCGGCCAGCUUUCAUCUCUUACAAACCAGGCCACAGUGGCUCCAUCACCGGCACCAUUUGUACCUUCACCAGCCAUGCAUCCUUCACCCUCCCCUCAGCACUGCAUAGCAGCAUCACCAGCUCCCUCUACAUCAGUCCCUACCCCGAGCACCAUGAGUGUUCAGUCACCAGCUUCUGUACCAAACCCAUCUUCUGUAGGGGCCCCCAGCCCUGCCCCUCUGAACCCAGCUGAGGAACAAGCAUAUUUGGACAAGUUAAAUGAACUGAAACCCUAUGUUGAACCACUUAGAAGGAUGAUAAACAAGAUGAAUAGAGAUAUGAGAGACAAAGAACAUAGCAGCAGGGAUCUGUACAAACUAAAGCAUCUGUAUGAUAUCCUGACAAACCCAGCGAAAAGGCUUCCUUUGCAAGCUUUGGAAAACAGUGGAAAUGUGCUGAAAAAACUCAUCAAUAUAAAACCUUCAUCUGUACCCACCCCACCAGCGUCAUCAACACCAUCAGGUAACACCUCAUCCAGUAUUGCCGCCACAUCCAGCAUAACAACAUCAUCUGCAUCUGCAUGUGCAUCUGGUCCAGCAGUACAACUAGCUCCCUCUGUGGGCUCCACCCUUCCCCAUGUUAUUUAUAAACCUUUGUAUGAUGCUGUCACAAAAUAUGCCAAGUCUCCUAUGUUGAGUCACACUUUACAGAGGACAUUUUCACCAUUACUACAAGCCAUGGAAGGACCACCUAUACUUCCUCUACCCCCUCCAGCUAAGAGGGUCAAACUGGAUGAUAGCAGUCAAAGGAAGUGCACUGUGCCACAUGUAUUGCAAGGCGAGCUGGCAAGAUUAUGCAGUCGAUUUCAAGUGAAGUCAGGAGCCAGUGCAGGAGUGAUACAGAGUAACACACUUCUUCAGUGCUCAAUAAAUGACCUGAAUCUGCCAGCCGUUCCACCAAUAGAAAUCAGUGUUCCUCAGAACUACCCAUACUCUAGUCCAGAGUGUAAAACUGCAAAUUACGAUGCCAACCCUUUCCUUCAAAAAGUUCAGAAGCAGCUCUCUUCCAGACUUCAGCGAAUGCCUGAAAUGUACUCUGUCACUUCAGUGCUGAAUGCAUGGGUAAGUUAUGGUUACAAAACCACUAGUAGUGAUGGUCUGCGGAACAUAUGGCUGCCUGGAGAUUAGCCCGUUGGACUCUGGAGUAAAAGCUCCGCGCUCGAGCACUGGCCGGCUCUCUGUGUCAUGUUCUUGGCUAAAAACUUAACUCUCAC